AUGAAUGAAUCCAUUGAGGCCGGCUUGAAGAUAUUAUUACAUCCACAAAACGAGCCACCAUUGAUGGAAUCCAAAGGUUUAGCAGUUGCUCCAGGUGUACACGCAUACGUCUCAACACGUAAAAUUGAAGUAAAAACAUUAGGUGAACCUUACGGAAAUUGUGAAAAAUCUAGUAAGCUUAAGAACUACGAAAAUUACACGGUCGCUGGGUGCUUACUGGAGUGCCAGCAUAAACACAUCGUCAAAGUGUGUGGUUGCAGACCUAUUCGAUACCCAGGUGGUGAGAAAGAAUGUGGCCCAAAGGAAACAAGGAGCUGCCCAUCAAGUGUGCUCAAGAGACUGAAAAACGGAUCUCUAGAAAAAUGCAAGUGUCCAGUUCCGUGUGCUUACACGUCGUUCCCAUCGUCCGUCACGUAUGCCGACAUUCCAAACCGAUCUGCUGGAAAGGAUCUGCACACUUAUUAUGGAGUUUCUGCAGAAAAUUUCACGAAGAAUGUUAUCUUGCUGGAUGUAUAUUACGAAGAGUUGAACAUUCAAAUAUUCAAACAAACUAAAGCAAUGACGUUUUCAUCUCUUCUUAGUAACAUUGGAGGUCAAUUUGCUUUGUUUAUUGGAGCAAGUAUCAUCACUGUGUUUGAAGUUGCUCAGUACAUUUCCAUGAAGGUUCAUUCUACUUGCUGUAACGCAAGCAGGUCUACUAAAGGCAAAUCGCAAGCAAAUAGUUCUGGUGUAUCUGGUCCAGCAUCGGUCGACAACAAUGGUGCUUUCAGUAACGAUGCCAUAUUGGAAAUGAACUGA